CUCGCGGCUCCCUCCCCUCCUUGUCCCUCCUUCGGACGGUCUGCUGGCGCGCUCAGAGGCGCUUUCUGGGGCGCGCCGUCUGGGGCAGGGACCGGAGCCCCCUCGACGCACCUGCCGCCGCCCGGAUGGCCCUGGGGAUGCUCCGGCGCCGCCGCCGCCGUCGAGCUGCGCGCGCGCUUCCACUGUCGUGGCUCUGGUGAGACCCGCCCGGGCUCUUUUGGCUCGGGCGAGCCCGCAUCCCAGCCUACCGCAAUGCUGUCUUUGUGGUCCAGCCCUCAACCUUGAGCCGAGCCACGAUGCCCGAGGCUGGGCCAGGAGCUGCGCCGGCCUCCCAGGAGAGCGAGCGGCCCCAGCGAGGCGCGACGGACGGGGAGGCGGCCGGACCGGCUUCCACCGGGGUCCUGGAUAAGCUCUUUGGGAAGCGGCUGUUGCAGGCUGGACGUUACAUCAUGUCCCACAAAUCAUGGAUGAAAACGGUGCCCACGGAAAACUGCGACGUGCUAAUGACUCUGCCAGACACGACUGACGACCACACGCUCCUUUGGCUGUUGAACCACAUACGCUUGGGGAUCCCAGAGCUCAUCAUCCAGAUCCGGCACCACAAGCAUACCCGAGUCUAUGCCUUCUUCGUCACAGCUACUUACGAAAGUUUGCUCCGGGGGGCUGAUGAGAUUGGCUUGCGGAAGCCGGUGAAGGCCGAGUUUGGAGGGGGCACACGCAGCUUCUCUUGCGAGGAAGAUUACAUCUACGAGAACAUAGAAAACGAACUUUUUUUUUUCACUUCUCAGGAACGCCAGAACAUCAUCAGGUAUUGGCUGGAGAACCUGCGAGCCAAGCAGGGCGAAGUUCUGCACAACAUCCACUUCCUGGAAGGGCAGCCAAUCAUCCCUGAGUUGGUGGCCCGGGGCAUUCUGCAGCAAGUCUUCCCUGUCCAUGAGCAGCGGAUCCUCAACCGGCUGAUGAAGUCAUGGGUACAAGCCAUUUGUGAGCCACAGCCUUUGGAUGAUAUCUGUGACUAUUUCGGCGUGAAGAUCGCCAUGUACUUUGCGUGGUUGGGCUUCUACACGUCAGCGAUGGUCUACCCCGCAGUGUUUGGCUCCCUCCUCUACACCUUCACCGAGAACGAUCAGACCAGCCGGGACAUCUGCUGCGUCAUCUUCGCAAUCUUUAACGUCAUCUGGGCCACGCUUUUCCUGGAGGAGUGGAAACGGCGGGGGGCUGAGUUUGCCUACAAGUGGGGGACUUUGGACACACCAGCGGAGUCCAUAGAAGAACCGCGGCCGCAGUUCCGGGGCAUGAAGCGCGUCAGCCCGGUGACCAACACUGAGGAGUUCUACUACCCGCCCUGGAAGCGGCUCCUCUUCCAGUGUUUGGUGAGCCUCCCCGUUUGCCUCGUCUGCCUCUCUUUCGUCUUCCUUGCCAUGCUGGGCUGCUUUGAGCUACAGGAAUUUGUGCUGAGCAUCAAGGAGCUGCCGCGCAUUGUGCGCUUCCUGCCAAAAAUCGUGCUGGCCGUCAUCGUCACCGUCUGUGAUGAAGUGUACAAAAAGAUUGCCUACUGGCUGAAUGACAUGGAAAAUUACCGCUUGCAGAGUGCCUAUGAAAAACACCUCAUCAUCAAAAUGGUCUUGUUUCAAUUUGUAAAUUCAUACCUAAGUCUUUUCUACAUCGGAUUCUACCUCAAGGACAUGGAGCGUCUCAAGGAGCUCCUGCUUAUCUUCUCUUUCUUCCAAAGCCUCGUGCGUCAACUCAAAGACGCUGUCCUCCCCACCAUCUUCCUUCAACUCCACCUCUUCCUCAUCUCCUUUAAGGGUUUGCUGAGUUGUUGUUGGCAGCUGGGCCUCUCCAAAAUGCUAGCCACUCUCCUCAUCACCCGCCAGUUCCUGCAAAAUGUCAAGGAGGUCUCUCAGCCGCACCUGUACAGCAAGUUCAAGCGUGGUGAUCUCAGUGUCCAAAACCUCCGGGAGGUGGCCCACAUGCUCUUCCGGCUGCUGACUCAGAAGUACACGUCAGCUAAAUCACACGCCCCAGAGCAUCACCCACCCAGGCAUGGGGACCCAUUGGCAGGGCAUGGGCCAGAGCAUGGUGAGGCUCUGGAGGGGGUCCCCAAGGGGGAGAAGAAAUGCCUCAACGGAGGGUGUGGGGUGCCGGAGGAAGAGGAAGAGGAGAAGAAGGAGUCAGACUCGGAAGAUGAGAGCAUCCUAGAUUGUGGGCUGAAGCUGAAGAAAGUGAGUUUCAUUGAGAAGGCUGGCCGCAAAGUCGGGGAACUGAGCCUGGAGGAGGUGAGCUUCUUAGAAGAAGGUAGCCCCACCAUGGUGGAGAAAGGGAUGGACCCGGCGUCCGUUUUUGAGCUGUGUGAGGACGAGGACGAGAGCGACAGGGCCUCAGGGAGCCCCCUCAAGGGACUGCCCGAGACCAAGGAACCGGUGGUUGUCAUGAGGUCCCGGAGGCCGCGAGUCAACAAGAACCCUGCAGAAGGUGAAGGGUACGAGGGAGACGAGGAGGACAAGAAGCCCACCAGGACUUCCUGGAUUGACCCGCCAGAGGAGAACUACACCACACAGCUCGCCCAGGCUGAGGUGGAGAGCUGCAUGAAGAAAUACGAGGACACUUUUCAGGAUUACCAAGAGAUGUUCAUCCAGUUUGGCUACGUAGUCCUAUUCUCAUCAGCCUUCCCACUGGCCGCCAUGUGUGCCCUGAUCAACAACAUCAUCGAGAUCCGGAGUGACGCCUUCAAGUUGUGCACAGGACUUCAGCGCCCCUUUGGGCAGCGGGUGGAAAGCAUUGGAGAGUGGCAGAAAGUGAUGGAGGCCAUGGGAGUUCUAGCCAUUGUGGUGAACUGCUACCUGAUCGGUCAGUGUGGGCAACUGCAGCGCCUUUUCUCGUGGGUCAGCCCAGAAGGGGCCAUCAUAUCCGUGGUGGUGCUGGAGCAUUUUGCCUUUUUGCUCAAGUACAUCAUCCAAGUGGCGAUUCCCGAUAUCCCAGCCUGGGUGGCGGAAGAAAUGGCAAAACUCGAGUAUCAGCGGCGAGAGGCCUUUAAGAAACAUGAACGGCAGGCACAGCACCACUUUCAGCAACAGCAGCGCCGGAAACGCGAGGAGGAGGAACGCCAGCGCCACGCCGAGUACCACGCCCGGAAAGAGCGGGAGAGCAGCCGUGAAGAAGGCAAGGCCGACAGUGGGGGGCCGGAGCCUGGCCACGAGAGGAGCCAGCCCAAAGGAAAGGGCCUCGGAGGGUCAGGCCACGGCUCGGAGAAACCCAAGCGCCCCAGCUCCCUCCUGGCCACCAACAACGUCAUGAAGCUGAAGCAAAUCAUCCCCCUGCAGGGCAAGUUUUUAUCAGGGGGUGCUGGGGCGGCCAGCACUGGGACGGCCCGCUCCCCGCAGUCCCCCACCAGCACUGAUAACAAACUCCCCGCCUUCCUUAGCUUCAAGUUCCUAAAAUCUCCAGAGACAAAGCGGGAGGCAGCCACCGAAAAGGGACAGUCGCCCACCAAGCCUUUCAACCCAAGCAAACUGUUCAACUUCAGCAAGUCGGACGGGGGCAAUGGGGCGCCUGCACUGCCCCAGCAACAGCUGCGGCCUGGUCCCUCCGCGGAUGAGAAGCCUCUGUCUGGAAGGUCGCACCUCAACGGGCUUGUGGACGAGGAGGCAGUUGAGGAAGUGGAGGUCCGAACAGGGGCGGAAGAAGAGGGUCUGAACCACAGACUGUAAACCCCCCCCCCCGGGUGAGGGCUGGGUGGGAGUGGGAGAUGGAUGAAGGAGCUGCGAGUUCUUCAAGCAGAAUUGGGGCAGACGGUCUUCGAGCCGGGGGCAAGUCUGCCGUUUGGGGGAGGGAGGGAGGCAAUUCUAGAAUCUGCCACCUUCAGGAUGAUUUGAUGGCAGCCCCUGGUUGAGGAUCCAAUCUGAAAAGAGGAAAUUAAAGAUGGCCCCAGAUAGCUCUUACACCUGGAUGGGUCACACCUUGAGCUUGGAACCCAGUUGACAUUCGUGGUCGACAGUUCAACUCAGGAACUCUAGAUGCAGAAGAAGUUAUGGGGCUACAGACUAAAACAAAGGGGCGUUUGCAGAGUUUGGGGUGUGAUGGGUCAGCUGUUGACUGGUGUCAGGUCAGUGGAUGCUUUGCUUCCCCCCCUCCAGAGGUCACUUUCCUUCCACUCUCCCCAAAUAUGUCUCUUAUCAGAGCUGCUGUUCCAGCCUCUGACUGAAGGGCUUUACUUAUCUAUGUGUCUGUGUUCAUGUGUCUUGGAGGAGAGACCCCCCCUUCCCACUAGCACUCCCUCGGGGGCAAUGUGCUGCAUGACUUCAACCCCCUCCCCCAAAUUUGGUUUAGGCAGGGGAGUCACCUUUAAGCAAAAGCAGGUUGUGAGACAUUUUACGGGGAGAACUAGGAACAGAUCCAGAGGAAAUCAGGACCUUGCCCAGCAAAAUUGGGCUGGCCGUGGACCCCUUGUUCCCUAUGCAAAUAGUUUCCAUCUAUUUGUUGCCCAGAUAAUUCGUCUCCCUUCGAGAAGCUGUUGAACAGACACCUCUUCUCUUAUACCUACGGUCCAUGCUGAAAUUGAUUUGGAAGACAGGGAGAGGGAAAAUCCUACAGAAAAAUUGCUUCCAAGAUUUUAAUGAAUAUUCUGAUCUGGCAGACAACCCCCUCUGUCCAGUCUUCCACUCAGCACUACCAAUUGUGCUAUGAAAUAUGAGGGGUUUUUUUAAUAACAAAAAUUAGUGUAUUUGGCACUUUAACAUCAUUGCCUUAAAACAGAGAGAUUGUUCUAAGUCGCUCCCCUCAAAUGUCAGAAUUUGGAAAGAUUCAACCUUCUAAAAGUCACAGCUGAACGCUGGUACGGUUAUUAAACAAGGAGUUGGCUCUUCUCCGCUUCCUGUUGGGAUAGUGACGACUGAGCGCUGCUGGAAUCCAGCUCUCAGGGGUUUUCUCCCAAUGAUUUUCAAACAUGCCCUGGGUUCCUUUGGGCAAUGUUGCUAGUCCUCAUCAAAAUUCUUAUUUUCCCUCCAGUGGUUUUGCUUGUUGGCAAACCCCCCCCCCUUUGCUUUAGGUGAAAUUUUGGUGACAAACUUUGGGGGCAGUAUUCCACUGGCUGUGGCUAUGCCCGAGAGCGCAUCACAGACUCAUCUAGGAUCAGAGAUGAAUUUAUCUCAUAAUUUUCCUUCUCUCCUUGUAAAAUCUGUGUAGUAAAACAGAACAGGCCCACUUUUUCUGCUUGAAGAACAGAGGUAGAUGUGGCACAACAAUGGAUUUGGGAGCGCUAGGAAGCCAGGGGGCAAGGGGAGAGGAAGAGACUAUCUUGAGCCAAUGUCCAUGCAUAGUUGACAUUUCUUGCAGUAAAAAUGAAAACAAGGUUUCUUUUGCUGUUCCUGACGGUGCUCGUAAAAGCAGGUGGGGCCAGCUGGAAUGGGCCGUGCUGGAAACUCCAUGAUGUUAUUUAUUUUUUUUAAUUUUCAGUGGCAGGGAAAACAAAGGUUGGGAAGGCACAACCUCACCUUUCUGACAUUUGAAAGAGACCGGGACAUUUUUAAAUAAAAUAAAAUAAAAAUUAUUGCAAUAA